UAGAGAAAUGUGAGGAACAUCUCUCAAACUCAACAAAGUAGGAAUUUUGUGUGUAAAAAAACAAUAAAUAUUAAAGAAAUAAGGCCCCCAAAAGAAGAUAGACACUGAUAGAGUAAGCUCUUGGACAACCUCUCUCUCUCUCUCUCUCUCUCUCUCUGGUUCUUUUUUCUCGAGCAUUUGAUGACUGUGGUCCUUAACCAAGAUCCAGAGCCAUUAUUUCCUCUGAUUUCCACCUCCUCUGUUUCUUCCUUCUGAGACGAAGCAAUGAGUAAAGAAGAGUUCUUAAAGAUCCAGAAAUGUGUUCUUAAAGUGAAUAUCCACUGUGAUGGGUGUAAGCAGAAAGUGAAGAAAAUCUUGCAGAAAAUUGAUGGGGUUUUCACUACGGAGAUAGAUGCAGAGCUAGGGAAGGUAACAGUUUCUGGAAAUGUAGACGCAGCUACUCUGAUCAAAAAGCUCUCGAAAUCAGGGAAAUAUGCAGAGCUUUGGGGAGCUCCGAAGGUUAAUCCAAACAAUAACAAUGGCGGCCAACAAACCCUUCUUGCAAAUCAGGUGAAAAAUUUGCAGAUUGACAAUGGAAAAAAUGGGGGUAAUAAUAAUAAACAGGGACCCCCAAAGGGUGGGAAUAAUCAGCAGAAACCGGGCGGCGGUGGCGGUGGUGGUGGUGGUGGGCCACCGCAGAUUCUGCCACAGCAGCUUAUGCCGCAGCAGCUUCAACAGCUGCAGCAAUUACAGCAGCAGAUGAAUGGGUUACCGUUUCAAGAUCCGAAGAUGUUACCACCGCAGUUGAAGGGUAUGAAAAUGCCGCCGUUUAAAGAUCCGGUUCCGGCGAAUCAGAAGGCGGUGAAGUUUGAUUUGCCGGUGGAUGGUGACCUGACGGAUGAAGAUGAUUUGGAUGAUGAAUAUGAUGAGUUUGAUGACGAUGAUCUUGAAGAUGAUUUGGAUGAUAUUCCUCUUCCUCCGAAUAAAAUGAAGCCUUCCAUGGGUGGUGCCGGCAACGGACCCGGCGCCGUUCCUGGUGGUGGCGGAGGUGGAGGAGGUGGAGGCGGUUGGGGUCAGAUGCCGAAUAUGGCGAUGAUGAAUGGGAAUAUGAAUAUGCAGCAAUUAAUCAAUGCUCAGAAGGCUGCUGCUAAUGGAGCUGAUAAGAAGGGCGGUGGCGGUGGCGGCGGAGGUAUGCCAAUGCCGAUGCCAAUGAAUGGAAUGGGCGGCGGAAACAAUGACGGUAAAGGCGGAAAUGGAGGAAAGAAAGGCGGCGGUGGCGGUGGGAAGCCCAGUCAAGGCGGUGGAAAUGGUGCUGGUAAAAAUGGGGGCAAAAACGUUGAAGGUAAGAAUGGUAAUAAUAAUGCUGGGGCUCAAAAGAACGGCGGCAAUGGCGCCGGCGGUGCUCCGAUUAAUAAUGGCAACGGCGGGAAGAAGACUGGUGGUCAAAUGCCUCCCGUAAUGAACGGUGGUGGUGGUCCCCAUGGAUUUCCGAGCAUGGGUGGUCCUCACGGACUGCCACCAGGAGGAAUGGCCGCCGCCUCCGGCGGCGGCGUCGGCGUCCGGCCGAUGAACAUGAACAUGCCAAUGAUGCAAAUGGGCAACAUGCAAAUGAGUCAAAUGGGAUCCAUCCCGGCCGUCCAAGGACUUCCAGCGGCCGCCAUGAACGGCGGCGGACCGGGUGGCGGGUAUUUUCAAGGAGCUCCCGGACCAGCGGAGACGAUGGGCGGUAACCCCUACCAACAACAACAGUACAUGGCAGCAAUGAUGAACCACCAACGCGCCGCCAUGGGUAACCAACCGAUGAUGUACGCACGGCCACCGCCAGCGGUGAACUACCUGCCACCAUACCCGUACCAGUAUCCGGCGCCGCCUCCCGCCGGCGACAAUUACACCCACUUCUUCAGCGAUGAAAACACUUCAAGCUGCAAUGUAAUGUGAAGAAACAAAAAGGAAAGGAAAAA